UAACUCGUCGCCGCAGUGUAGUAGUAAGAUACGCAAAGACACGGCUGCCUAAAUCGAGAUUACGUGUAAGGUGUUCUUUCCGCUCCUUUGUGUUUCCAUUUCCAGGGCAGACAGCCCCACUCUCAUCGUCGUUUCAUACUUUAGCGUUUCCCAAUAGCACGUCCCAGUUCCCUCGGUCAUCAAACACCUUACUGCACCUGACCACCGUACUGCCGAGAGAGAAAGAGCGAAGUAAAAAAAAAAUAAUUAUAAUAAUAAUUCGCACUUCACCUGUGCUGCCGCCUCCUGGACAGACGUGUCUCCAGUGCGGAGGCUUUGGUAUAAGCGAACGAGCCGCUCAUGAGGUUCUCUCAAAACAAGAGAGCUGCUAGCAGAACGGGAUGGCUCGGAGAGUACCCACACUCAGCGCGUUCCUGCUGCUCGGGGUCCUCUUCGCGGGGAACGAAGCCGCCGGAGGAAGCGCGAGAGCGGGGAUGCAAGAUGAGAAGGCGGGCAAGGAAAACAGCGCGGAUAGUCCAUGCGAGGUUAAAACCGUAACCGUGUCCACACUCCCCGUUCUCAGGGAGAACGAGUUCAGUUUCACCGGCGGAGGUUCGGGGAGCGUGGCCGGUGUUGGAGGAGGGGAAUCCCGUCUCCUGCUCCUCGUAAGAACAGAUCUACCGGGAAGAAUCUCCGUGUUGGAUGAUCUCGACAACACUGCUCUCCCGUACUUUACGCUGGAGAUGUCUGGCACCGGGGCGGAGAUCUCCCUGGUGCACUGGAAGCAGCAGUGGCUGGAGAACGGCACCCUGUACUUCCACGUCUCCGCCAGCGGGGCGGAGCAAGUGUACCAGGCCACGCCCCCCACCGCUCACGAGCCCGCCCACGUCCUGCACGAGCACAUGCACCUGCUGCACAUCUCCAUCAUGGGAGGCCUGAUCGCCCUGCUGCUGCUGAUCCUGCUCUUCACCCUGGUGGUGUACACGCGCCAGCGCUGGUGCAAGCGGCGCCGCGUGCCGCAGAAGAGCGCCAGCACCGAGGCCACGCACGAGAUCCACUACAUCCCGUCCGUGCUGCUGGGCCCGCAGGCGCGCGACAGCUUCCGGGGCCCGCGCCUGCCCCAGCACGGGUCCGUCAUCGGCAUGCCCAUCCGCGAGACGCCCAUCCUGGACGACUACGACUACGACGGCGACGAGGACGACGAGCGCCCGGGCGACCCGGAGGCGCGGGCGGGGGGGGACUGCCCCAGCGAGGAGGACGCCUGCAGCCAGCUCACGCACGCCGCGGACAGCCUGGGCCGGGGAGACGAGCACCAGGGCUACAGCCUGAGCAGGAGGGGCGGCCGAAACCACUGGGAGGCCCGGACCCCGAGGAACAACCUGUCCCCCUGGUCGGCGGCCGGUGACUCGGCCUUCGUGCCGGAGCAGGAGUCCGUGGACGCCCUGAUGCUGAACUUCCAGGAGAGCUUUCACGCCAACGCCGCCGUGGAGCUGGGCCGCGCCCAGCCCGUCACGCACAGCUCCUCCACCAGCCGGAAGAGGCCCAACUUCCUCUCCCAAGGGGGCAGUGUGUUCGGGCAUUCCGGAUACUCGGGACCAGAGGCGCAGGACGAGAACCAGCUGAAGUUCUUCACAGAGCAGCACAGGGGGCGCCGCCGCAGUAAAGGCUACCCGCACAGCCCGGUGAAGAAGGCCACUCUGACUCUGAUCACCAUCAGCACGUGCGUCCUGGCCGUGGUGUACAGCAGCCAGAUCCCCUGCCCGCUCACGGUGAAGGUCACCCUGCACGUCCCGGAGCACUUCAUCGCCGACGGGAGCAGUUUUGUGGUGAGCAUGGGCAGCUACCUGGACCUGUCGAACUGGCUGAACCCCGCCCAGUUAACCCUGUACUACCAGACCAACUCCAGCUCCCAGUGGGUCAGAGACUACUGUGGACAGAGAACCACCGACCCCUGUGAGCAGCUGUGUGACCAGGACACAGGAGAGUGCAGCUGCCACGAGGGCUACUCCCCCGACCCCGAGCACACGCACCUCUGCGUCCGCAGCGAGUGGGGGCGCAACGAGGGGCCGUGGCCCUACACCAAUCUGGAGAAGGGCUACGACCUGGUCACCGGGCAACAGGCGCCGGAGCGGAUAUUCAGGUCCUCCUACAGCUUGAGUCAGGGACUUUGGCUGCCCGUCAGCAAGAGCUUUGUGGUCCCGCCCAUGGAGCUGUCAAUCAGCCCGAUCGCCAGCUGCAAGACGGACGUGCUGGUCACCGAGGACCCCGGAGAUGUCAGGGAGGAAGCCAUCAUGUCGACGUACUUCGAGACGGUGGACGACCUGCUGUCCUCCUUCGGCCCCGUCCGCGACUGCUCCAAGGACAACGGCGGCUGCCGGAAGAAUUUCAAGUGUGUGUCGGACCGGAGGGUAGACUCCACGGGCUGCAUGUGUCCCGAAGGACUGCGGCCGAUGAAGGACGGCUCCGGUUGCUAUGACUACUCUAAGGGGACGGACUGCUCGGACGGCUUCAACGGCGGCUGCGAGCAGCUGUGCCUCCAGCAGCUGGUGCCCCUGCCCGACGACCCCUCCUCCAGCAACGUGCACAUGUUCUGCGGGUGCGUGCAGGAGUACAGCCUGGCGACGGACGGGCGGUCCUGCGUCCUGCAGUCGGACGGCUGCGACGGGCCCAAGUGCCAGAGGAACGCGGCGCGCUUCAACAGCACGCUCUUCGGCGAGAUGCUGCGCGGCUACAACAACAAGACCCAGCAGGUGAACCUGGGCCAGGUGUUCCAGAUGACCUUCAGGGACAAUAACUUCAUUAAGGACUUCCCCCAGCUGGCCGACGGGCUGAUGGUCAUUCCCCUGCCUGUGGAGGAGCAGUGCAGAGGAGUGCUGUCGGAACCCCUGCCCAACCUGCAGCUGCUCACAGGGGACGCCCAGUUCAGCGAGGCCAUGGGGUAUCCCAUGAUGCAGCAGUGGAGGGUGCGCAGCAACCUGUACAAAGUCAAGCUGAGCGCCAUCACGCUGUCCACAGGUUUCUCCAAGACCCUGAAGACGCUGAACGCGGACAGCACCCGGGAGGAGCUGCUGGCCUUCCUCCGGCAGUACGGCAGCCAUUACGUGUCUGAGGCGCUCUACGGCUCCGAGCUCACCUGCAGCAUCUACUUCCCCAGCAAGAGGGCCCAGCAGCAGCUCUGGCUCCAGUACCAGAAAGAGAGCACGGACCUGGGCAGCCGGAGGGAGCUGAGGUCGGUGCCCUUCAUCACGUACCUGUCGGGGCUGCUGAAGACGCGGCUGGAGGCGGACGACCCGGCGGCGGGCGUGGAGAUCCGCUGCGAGGAGCAGGGUCGCUGCCCCUCCGCCUGCCACCUGUGCAGGCAGGCCGGCCGCGAGGCCCCCAGCCCCGCCCCCGCCCUGCUGGAGGUCAGCCGCGUCGUGCCCCUCUACAGCCUGGUGCAGGACAACGUCACCAAGGAGGCCUUUAAGAGCGCCACCAUGAGCUCCUAUUGGUGCGCCGGAAAAGGCGACGUCAUCGACAACUGGUGCCGGUGUGACCUUACCGCGUUCGGCAAGGACGGGCUCCCGAACUGCAGCCCCUUACGUCAGCCUGUCCUACGCCUGGCCCCCCACCUGGAGCCCUCCAGCACCAUGGUGGCCCUGGAGUGGGUGGACGUGGAGCCCAUCAUCGGCUACAAGGUCUCCGACUACAUCAUCCAGCACAAACGGGUGGAGGACCAGUCCGAGGCGGAGAUCUACACGGGGGAGGUGCUGAGCCUGGUGGACGACCUCCUGUCGGGCGUGGGGUCCGCCUGCGUGGUGGCCGGGAGGCGGGGCGGGGGGGACCAGGCCCACCCCACCCUCUACACCCUGGUCUUCAAGUGCCUGGAGCCGGACAGCCUCUACAAGUUCACUUUGUACGCCCUGGAUAGUCGCGGGAGCCGCUCGGAGUCCAGUUAUGUCUCGGUCAGGACCUCCUGCCCCAUCGUGGAUGACAGCAGAGCAGAAGAGAUCGCCGACAAGGUGUACAACCUGUACAACGGCUACACCAGCGGGAAGGAGCAGCAGACCGCCUACAACACCCUGAUGGAGAUCCCGCCGCCCUUGCUCUACCGCGUCCAGCACCACUACAACGCCCACUACGAGAAGUUCGGCGACUUCGUCUGGCGCAGCGAGGACGAGCUGGGGCCCAGGAAGGCGCACCUGAUCCUGCGGAGGCUGGAGCGACUGAGCCGGUACUGCCGGUCGCUGCUCCGCAGCACGUACAUCCAGAGCCGGACGGACGCGGCCAGCUACUCGCUGUGCCGCAGCGAAGGGGCCCGGCCACCGGGGGGCGCCGCCUGGCACGGCUACCUGCACGAGACGCGGCUCUCCUGUGCCGAGAGGCUGGCCACCGUCCAGCGCAACACCUACGGCAGCGCCAAGCUGCGGUGAGAGAGGCCCCGCCCCCUGCCCCGCCCCCUCACUCUGGCCCCGCCCCCCGCUCUCUGCGACCUCGCUGCUUUUUCUCCGCCUCCUCACAAGGCACUGGUUUUCUUUUUUUUCUUUUUUUUUUUUUUGGAAAAUAAGAAGAAUGGGUUGGGGGGGGGGGGAUUUAAGGAAGUGAAAUAAAAAUACCUCUGCGGACUUCCUUUUGACUUUUUCUUUUUUUAUUUUAAAAGAAGCCAAGCGGAACCGAGAAGAGGAUUUUAAAAUAUUCAAAAUAUAUAUAUAUACCGGUUCAUUCGUAAGUUAUUAUUUGAUAUUAAGACCGCGGAACAGGCGGGUUACAGACUGGAGCAUGUACUAUAUUCUCUCCCCUGUGAAUAAAACGGACUGAAUGUACGAAAGAGGUUUUUUAUCAUGGCCUUUCUGUUUCGUCAACCGCCAAGCUAGGAGGCGUGACUGAGCCACCAAAUCUAAUUUUUUUUUUUUUUUUUUUAAUUGGGUGGGGCAGAAGGAGGCGGGGCAGGGCGGGACAGGAUGGACCCAUUACGGUGGAUGUAUUUUUUUUCCGGGUCAUUUGUAAUAAUACUUGAACCACAGAGAGGCUUUAUUCGCAGUGAUCUGCAAUCUUGUGUGCUGCAGAUCGCGAAUCGAUCUGUGUCGUCGUGGGGUAGUGAUGUCAUCCCUGUGUAGUGUGUAACCUGUACGUUGAACACCAGCCAGUCCGACAAGUCGAGUCAAAGCCAUGUGUUCUGUUUGUACAUCCCAAUUGACUCUUGGGGCGAGGGAGGCGGGGUUAAAUUAUAUAAACGGUCAAGUUACAAUAUUGUGUAUCCUAGAUCACAUUUAAUCUGGGAAUUUGGGAAG